GUUUCAGAGAAACCUUUAGACUGUUCUGAGGGGGAAACGGCAGCGUGCUGCUCUACGGAAGCCCCCAAGAGACAGCACCAAAUUAACCCACGUUAAAAACACCCCUUUGAACGCUCACGUACAUGACGCAUGACCUCGCUUUAACAUGUUCAAUCAAGAGCGGUAUUAAGGCGGUAUUUCAGAGCCACUGCCUCUGUGAGCCCGCGCUGAUAGCCUACUCAGCGGUCAGUGUUUGCUCUGAGCUGUGAACGGAUGGGACAGGAGUGCAGGGUCCGUGUCGCUCGUGCUGCCCGCCCCCCUCCACGCGCUCUGCCCCAACACGCUUAACCGCGCUAAUUGGACGGGCUUUUCUGAAGCGAGGCUCCAGCAGCACCUCUCAGACUGCUGCUCAGCCAGACUCUCUCUGAUCUUGAAUCUGUUCCAUCAAAGCCUCUGAGCACGUUUUUGAAGCGCGCAGCGCCAUGGGUCCUACUCUGGUCAUCCUCUUCUCUUUGUGCGGCUUCGUGCACAGCCAAGAAACCACAGAUCCAAUCUCACUGGAUGACUGCUGCAAGGAUGGCAAAGAGAAAGGCCUGGAGUUCCAGGACUGCACAAGACUCCCUCUCAUUUCAGAAUCCACCACCUGCAGGAUAGCCCAGGAGCAGUGCUGUGCUGCAGUAUUGGAGGACAACAGCUGUACUAAUGGUAUCAAUAUGGCCAAAGACCAGGGCACCUGUGACACCCUUCUCUCUGGGAGCACCUGUGAGACUAAAACUGCUAAGGUGUGUUGUGAGUGCUGUUUGCUGGGCAGGGCAGCAGAGGAGCGGGGCCUGUCCUGUGAGUUCAGCCUCUCUGUCAGCUAUCAGUGUGGCCUGGUGUCCCGAGCCUGCUGUGUGGACAAAACACCAGAGAACUCCACACAAGAGGGAAGCUCUAGUGAUGCGGCACAGUCCAAUCCUAGUGAGAAGUGCAAAGUUGGACCUGGGAACUGUGCUCAGCGUUGUGAAGGAGUUGCCUGUGUCUGUUUUCGUGGGUACAAACUCAAACCAGAUGGAAAAAACUGUGAUGACAUUAAUGAGUGUUUGCUGGGCUCUCAUCACUGUCAACCUGGUGAGCGCUGUAUUAACACUCUGGGGUCAUUCCGCUGCCAGAGGGUGGUCAGCUGUGGCACAGGCUACGAGCUCACUGACAGCAACAGCUGCAAAGAUAUUGAUGAGUGUGAGACAGGCACUCAUAACUGUCCUCAGGACUUUGCAUGCCAGAACAUCCCAGGCUCCUUUCGCUGCCGGCCCAAAGUGCAGUGCCGUGCAGGAUUCAUACAGGAUGCCCUGGGCAGCUGCAUCGAUAUAAAUGAGUGUCUGAGUGCUUCAGGGCCCUGUCCACCUGGCCAGGUGUGUUUCAACACUGUUGGCUCGUACACCUGCCAGAGGAACUCUCUCAGCUGUGGUCGUGGCUACCACCUUAAUGAGGAGGGCACACGAUGCGUUGAUAUUGAUGAGUGUGCAUUGCCAGAUAAUGCGUGUGCUGGUCAUGGCUGUGUUAAUGUGCUGGGCUCUUACCGCUGUGAAUGCAAAAGUGGCUUUACUUUCAACAGCAUCAGCAGGGUUUGUGAGGAUAUUAACGAGUGCCGACAUUAUCCUGGUCGUCUAUGUGCACACAAGUGUGAAAACGUUUUGGGCUCCUAUAAGUGCAGUUGCACAACAGGUUUCAAGCUGGCCAGUGAUGGCAGGAAUUGUGAUGACCUUAAUGAGUGUGAAAGUAACCCCUGCAGUCAAGAGUGUGCCAAUGUUUAUGGAUCGUACCAGUGCUACUGCCGUCGAGGCUACCAACUCAGUGACGUGGAUGGAAUUACAUGUGAAGACAUUGAUGAGUGUGCUCUGCCCACUGGUGGACAUAUAUGUUCCUACCGAUGCCACAAUACACCAGGCAGUUUCCACUGCACAUGCCCAGCUAAAGGCUACACCCUCGCCCUUAAUGGACGUAGCUGCCAGGAUGUUGAUGAGUGUGUGACAGGGACACACACUUGCUCAGAGACAGAGAGCUGCUUUAAUGUUCAGGGAGGGUUACGAUGCCUGAGCUUCGAAUGUCCUCCUAAUUACAGGCGCUCAGGCGAAACCAGAGCAAGGGUUGAUCGCUCUGACACCAUCCGCUGUAUAAAGUCCUGUCAGCCCAACGACAUCUCAUGUGUGCUGGACCCUGUUCACUCCAUUUCACACACUGUCAUCUCCCUGCCCACCUUUAGAGAGUUCACCAAACCAGAGGAAAUUGUUUUCCUGAGAUCUGUACCCCCAUCUCAUCAUCCACACAUGGACUCCCCAGAAAUUAUCUAUGACAUUCUUGAAGGAAACGUCCAAAACUCCUUUGACAUCAUUAAGCGUUCUGAGCAUGGCAUGGUUGUGGGUGUUGUCAGACAGGUGAAGCCGCUGGUUGGCCCAGUGAGCUCAGUUCUGAAGCUGGCUAUGAAUUACGUCACAAAUGGAGUCGUCUCUCAUCGGAACAUCAUCAACGUUCACAUCUACGUCUCUGAGUUCUGGUUUUAAAUAAACCAGACUAACAAAUAAACUAGACCUAUCAGUCAUCAUUUUAGGUGUCCAUUUAUAAAGCUUUAACUAUACACAGGUAUGCAUUUACACUAUGUCUAAUGGCAAUUGUUUGCAUGCCAUAGGGUGGUAUAAUGUAUAGCUAUAGGUCAUUAAGUCCUCCACUUAUUCCUUGGUUGCUGGUUAUGUGGGUAAUCCUGUUGCUGAUAUGUAAAUGGAUACCUAAAAGACAAAAAAUCACUUUUGACCAAAUAAACACACACUCACAAACUCACAAACACACUCACGCACACACAAACACACUCAAACUCACACACAUACACACACACACACAUACACACACACAAAUGCAUACACACACACACACACACACACACACACAAACACACACACACACAAACUCACACACACCUUCACAAACACACUCACAAAGUCAUACACACACACACACACACGCAUACAUUUUUGCAUAAAGAACAUGAAUGCAGGUCAGAAAUGAACUUUGCAUGCACUCAGUUUCAUCCUGUCAUAGAAACCACCAUGUUUUAAUCUUUGUUGGUGACGAAACACCACUUUGCUGCUCUGUUGCUUUUUAUUGUAUGAUCAAAAAGCACAUUUUUUAUUAUUUUUGUAUUCCAUGCAUGUCUUUGCUGCAGUUGCCUUUGUGGGUUAGACUGAAGGCACUGAGAGUUGAUAGAGAGUUCACCUUUCUGGAAGGUGGAUCCGAGACGACCUUUGAAUGAACACAUCAUUGAUUACACAUUCACUGAUUGUACUCUUGUGUACACAAUAACUUUUCUUCUCAUUAUGUAUGUUACACAAAGUUUUUCAUUAAAAACAAGUUUUAUUUCCAA